CAAAAAAUAUCGCGAGAACUCAGAAAAAGUUAUCUUGAAGAACUGCUCACAACAUCAACAAUUCAUAUCCUACGAUGCCUCGUCAACGAUCCAAGAAGUUGUCGGACAGCCGCAAGGCUAAAACAGGAAUCGCUGCGGAUAUCACCAAAGAAAAUACGCAGACCCAUGGCGACAGCGAAAGCGACAAUGAAAGCCUCGAAAUAUUCGACAAAGAUGCAGAAGAAGAGGAAUUGGACAGGCUUGUGCUCGGCGAUGGCUUCGGCUUUAAAACGCAAUACGGCGCGGAUACUGAGAUGCAGUACGGGGAAGCAGUCGACGAGGACGAAGAUGUGGUCGAGCGGGACUCAGAAGGUGAAGCUGGGCUCGAGGAUGUUGAUGAUGCGGAUCUCUUCUUCCUUGACUCCGGCCCCUCGGCAGUGGAUGCAUCCGCAUUAGUACCUGCAUCGGACAAUGAAGCUCCAGCUUGGGAAGAUAGUGACGACGAUCGUCUUGCUAUAUCUCUUGCUGGAAACUCACGACUUCGCAAACUUCGAGUAAACGAGGACGAGGAUAUUGUGAGUGGUAAAGAAUAUACAAGACGGCUGAGAAGGCAAUAUGAACGCCUGAACCCAGUUCCAGAAUGGGCACACCAUUCUUCUAGACCAGCGAAACGACGUCGUCGGUCAUCUGCGGGGUCAGAAUCAUCGUCAUCUUCGAAUGACAUGGAUGUUGAUGACGCGGACUUAUCAGCAUUGCCUUUGGCACGCAUAUUACAGAAUGCAGGUUCUCUGACCAAAACUGCCCAGACUGGAGCAAAGCGUGCCAAGCUUCGUCCAGAGGUCCUCGAUAUUCAACAGACAAGAGCAAUUCCUCUUGUGCAACCGUCCUCCAUUACUUCGUUAUCCUUCCAUCCCGAGUACCCAGUACUACUCUCUUCGGGUCCUGCAUCCACACUUUACUUGCAUCACAUCGAUGCUGCAGCUCACCCGACUCCUCAUCCUCUACUUACAUCUGUACACAUCAAACACACCCCUAUUCAUACAUCCGCAUUCUUAUAUCCUAAGGGAGACACGAUUGUGUUCUCUGGUAGGCGGCGUUAUUUUCACACCUGGGAUUUGCCUUCCGGCACGAUCCAGAAAGUCACUCGUGUAUAUGGACAGAAAGACGAGCAGAAGAGCAUGGAAAGGCUCAAGCUUAGCCCUUGUGGACGGUAUAUGGCUCUGGUAGGAACUUCGAAGAAGGGAGGAGGUAUUAUCAACAUAUUAGAUGCAAGCACAACUCAAUGGGUUGCUGCAAUGAGAGUAGAGGGUGCGAACGGCGUAGCCGAUUUCGCAUGGUGGGGCGAUGGAGAGGGUCUGACGGUAGUGAGCAAAGGAGGAGAGGUCGCUGAAUGGAGCGUCGAAACACGGUCAUAUGUAGCACGGUGGAUCGAUGAGGGUUUUGCGCCCACUGUCCUAACUUUGGGGGGACCGAAUGGGCCUACACCGCUUGGUGGCGACAGAUGGGUUGCCAUAGGCUCUCAAAGCGGAAUUGUCAACAUCUACGAUCGGAGAUCAUUCGUUAACAGCCAGAACAAAGUCGAAAUCCUCGAAAGACCGAGCCCAAAGAGGUCUUUCGACCAAUUCACCAAACCCACAAGUCAUCUGGAGAUCAGUCCAGAUGGUCAACUCUUGGCGUUCAGCAGUAAAUGGAAAAAGGAUGCACUUCGGCUGGUUCAUCUUCCUAGCUGCACAGUGUAUAGGAAUUGGCCAACCGAAAAGACACCGCUUGGAAAGAUCACAGCGGUCGCGUUCGGAAAAGAGAGUAACACCCUGGCUGUGGCGAACGAAGCUGGCAAGAUACGCAUGUGGGAUAUUAGAAGUUGAGUAAUGAAAACUCUUGCCCCUAAAUUUCCAUUGGAAGUUCUCAAG